CUGCUAAAUGCUCGCCUUGAUGAGAUUUAUUAUGCAACGCGCCUACAUUUAUUGAAGGGCGCGGAUGAUAGACGAACACAAAAUGUGUUAACCACCAAACGCCAUGCCUUUCGAGGCUUUAGGUAUGCACUGUUCAUAUGCAAACAUUCGCUAUACGCCCUGUUCGUUCGCCCCAAUAGCGAGAUAACAUGCAAUGGCACCAAGAUGGGUUUCAACUCAAGUGGAAAGAGACUCACAACUAUCUACAGCUAUUUCGAUAUUAUUAAACAUUACACAACCAACAUAUAUGCCCACCAUGUUGUUACACCUUGCCUAAACAGUACUUCGCAGUCUAUCUUGUAUUCAACAACAUGAAGAGACAGAGGAGCCAAAGCCCCUCACCAGCCGACCGCUCCACCAAAAGAGCUCGAACAAUGGACCAGGAAGGCCGGGAGAACCAACCACUCCAACAACUGCAGCUAUUCCCAGCCCUACCUGCAGAACUGCGCAACAUACUCUACGGCGCAACCCUCUCCAACCCGCCAACAAACAAAAAUCUCCCCUUCCAGCGCAAAACCUACACCAGCAGCCACACUACGGUGCACCUUAUCCCAACCUACCACGGCCUCCCAUCCCUCAUCUCCCUGCAAAAUCAAAACUUCCGCGAAGCCCACGAGUACCGCUCUCACGUCCUCAACUCUUCGGCUGUCUCUCUCAAAAUCUCCGUUCACUUCAAGGGUAACACGCAGACCUUCAACCAAGCCCACUGGGACGAGAAGCACAUUGCCCACCUCCAAACUCUGCUCAAGAAGUAUUCCUGGUUGAGCAAUGUCCGUGACUACGAUGUCCAGAUCUUGUGGGAGCCGCUUACCAUCGGACGCCGUGUGAAGCCAAAGGUCCAAGCCGGUGUCGUCGCGAACAGGAUGGUCGACGUGCUCACCACGACGCUGCGCGGAGGCGUUGAGCCAAAGAGGAGGGACGCAGGUGUUAUCCAGGCUGGCCUACAUAUUGCAGCCUAUGCGGCCAUGGAGUCCAUACAUUCUGGAUCAAGAUUAGAGUUGUCCGAGUACCUUUGGGCUUCUCCCUCUAGGGCCCCCGCUGCUACUACUACAAUUUCCCAUGGCACCGGCAAGAACAAGAAGGCCAAGAAAGACCGCUAUACCAUCUCACCUCCUCCUCCAGCUCUCUCUCCAUAUAUCGCUACAGCUAAGGCUGCGCCUGCCGCCACCACCACUACCCCCUCCCCAUCCUGUCCACAAACCCACGUCCGCGAGGUCCGCAUCUCCCCCCACCACAUCACCUCCCCAACCCCCACACCCUGGCUCCCCAAGGGCUUUAAGCCGAUCCCUAACCCGUCACCUCGCGGCGUCUCCGAAACCCCGCUCCUCGUCGAGAGCCAUGACGGCUACGUUGAGUGGACGCCCUGGCUGCAGGGCCAUCUCGUGUAUGCUCGAACUACCAAGGAGAGAAAGUUAAUCGAGGAGAAGAGGGGUGCUGCUGAGCCGCUUUUUAAGGAGAAGUGGAAGGAUUUGCCUGCGGUGUUAUAUCCGGGGCUUGUGUGUGAGUGUAAGCAGGCAGAUGGAUAGGCAUGACAUGUCAUCGCGUGGCGGGGCAUAUAUUGGACAUGUGCUUUCUUUU